AUGUCGCAAGGUAUCGCUGCUGAAACACACACUCCAGUGCAAACUCCCUCUGCCGAUGGGUCUAUUCACCAAGAUGACAAUAUCAACAACAGCGGUAAUGACAGUAACAACAGCAACAACAACAACGACGACAACAGCGAUAAAAUCAGUACAGUGCAUGAUAGCAAACCUUUAAAUGGAGUCAAAGGGUCUAUUAAUGAAAAUGCUGAAGAAAACUCGUCACAUCAAAAGCACGAGCAUGAGCCACUCUCGCCGCCAAAUCCAUCGCCAACUCCAGAAAAACGUAAGCUUGAAGAAGAAUCAAGUGAUACAGCUGAGAAGGAUGUUGUUCCUGAGGAGAAGGCUGAUUCUGUAGAGCCAGAAGCGAAAAAGCAAAAAGUUGAAGAAACUGAAGCCACAGAUACAUCACACACAAGUGCUGGCCUUGAAACGAAUGGCGCGGAAUCUGUAGAAAAGUCUGCACUGCUUUCUCCUACUGCUACUGGUCCCACUCCAGACGACGAAAUAAAAGAAGAACCAAAACUAGAUGAGGAGAAACCAGAGGAGAAAUUUGAAGACAAAUCAGAGGAGAAAUCUGAAGACAAAUCAGAGGAGAAAUCUGAAGACAAACAAGAGGAGAAAACGGAAGAGAAACAAGAGGAAAAGUCGGAAGAGAAACAAGAGGAAAAGUCGGAAGAUACCACAGAGGUACAGCAACCUCUUGAACCAGCACCAAAGCCUCCAAGUGAACCCGAUAUGAACAAUUUACCAGAACACCCAUUACCUCCACACCAAACCAAAUUUGCACUUAAUACUAUCAAGGCUAUCAAGAGACUCAAAGAUGCGGCACCAUUUUUGCACCCAGUCGAUACGGUGAAACUCAAUAUCCCAUUUUACUACAACUAUAUUCCUCGUCCAAUGGACUUGUCAACAAUUGAGAGGAAAUUGAAUGCAAAAGCUUAUGAAGACAUCUCUCAAUUUGCUGAUGACUUUAAUCUCAUGGUGGCAAAUUGUAAAAAAUUCAAUGGUGAGACAGCUGGUAUUUCUAGAAUGGCAACCAAUAUACAGGCCCAUUUUGAAAAACACAUGCUCAAUGCACCACCCAAGGAACUUCCCGUGGGAGUUGCCACACACACAUCUGCCUCGUCGCCAGAGGCUGUGACCCCUACAAGCAAAAGAAGAGUUGCCGCUGAAACUAAUGCGCAACACCAGCACAGAGACUCGGUGGCAGCUGCAAGGCCAAAACGUACCAUCCAUCCGCCCAAGUCCAAAGAAUUACCAUAUGAUGUUCGCCCGAGGAAAAAGAAGUUUGCUGCAGAACUCAGAUUCUGCGGACAAACUAUUAAGGAGUUGAUGUCGAAAAAGCACCAAAACUAUAAUUUUCCUUUCUUGGCUCCUGUUGAUGCAGUUGCUCUCAACAUUCCAAACUAUCAUGACAUUGUCAAGCAUCCCAUGGAUUUCGGAACUAUUCAGUCGAAAUUGACAAACAAUCAAUAUGAGUCGGGUGAUGAUUUCGAAAAAGAUGUCAAACUAGUUUUCCACAACUGCUACUUGUUCAACCCUGAAGGUACAGAUGUCAAUAUGAUGGGACACAGAAUGGAGGCUGUUUUUGAUAAGAAAUGGGCUCAGAAACCUAUUCCUGAACCAACUCCACCACCAUCUGAUCAUAGUGAUGUUGAAGAUAUCGUGAGUGAAGAGGAAGAGGAGGUUAGCGAGGCUAUGCUUUCCGAAGUGCCUGCAAUCCAAUUCCUUGAAAAUCAAUUGACCAGAAUGAAGAAGGAGUUGGAUGAGUUGAAGAAAGAGCAUUUGAAGAAAUUGCGCGAGCAACAAGCAGCAAGAAGGAAACGGAAGAGAGCACAAUCAGUUUCCAAACGUGGUUCAAAAUCGAAAAAGGGCCAUAAGGAAUCUUCACAUUCAAGCUCGAACCACAAUAGUCAUCACCGUCAUCAAGUGAAAUUGACUCCUCCACAACCGGUUGUGACUUAUGAAAUGAAAAAGCAAGUUUCAGAAAUGGUUCCAAACUUAUCGGACAAAAAAUUGAACGCUUUGAUCAAAAUCAUCCAAGACGACGUGCAAAUAAGUAAUGAUGACGAAGUUGAAUUGGAUAUGGACCAAUUGGGAGACUCAACUGUUUUGAAACUUUACGACUUUUUAUUUGGAGAAAAGGCUACACAAAAGUCAUCAUUGCAACAACAACACAAGAAGAGACUGAACAAGGCCAGCGCAAAUUUGGAUGAGUUGGCACACCUUAGAUCGCAGUUGGCAUUAUUUGACGAGGGCAACGGUCAUUCUGCUGAGCAUCAAUUGGAAAACAAUGGAUUUAUGAGUAUAACCCAUGAAGAAAGUUCCGAUGAUGCAGCUUCAUCGGAAAGUUCUGAAGAAGAGUAA